AUGAAGGAUAACAUUGUCAACCCGCCGGAGAAGGAUCCGAAUUUGAUCAUGACUGUAGCUGACCAAGCGCAGCAGCAAGCGAAACCCUUCAGAAAAACCGCCAAGGAUGGCGCAAUGAAAGGCCGCUCGCUCUUCCCAUCUGCAGUUCCCCAAGUUCAGGACGUCACGGUCAAUACUCGCCCAAAUCCGACCACUCCUUUGUUGAUUGAGUUAACUAAGGACAAUCCGCCUGAUCCCACGACUUCAAAGAGCCAACGCAAGCAUCCCCCUCCUUCCAAAACCGCCAAGGAUGGCGCAGUGCAAGGACAAACGCUCGUUGCCUACAUCACAAAACUCAAGGUGUCAACGUUUCAUAGGCUCUACAAGAAGGCUUGGAGACAGGAGAUGUUUGCUCUUGCAACGGCCCAACGCGUUAUCACUACUGACGAAAAGUCGCCUCGCUUUUGGGAAUUUUCGCUUGUGUUCAACCCAACAUUAAUUGUUCAACGCGCCAAGCCGUUGACUUGGAUGUGGCGAACGGCAUCCAAAUUCUUCGCUAAUCCUGCUAUCAUUCCUCACAUUGUGGAGGAAUUUGAGCGACUAAAACGAGAGCUACAAAUAGCCAAAGCUCAGUACAAGUUUCCACCAAAACAAGGUUGGAACCAGACGGAACUUCUUCGCUAUUUACACACAACAACAAUCCUAUUUUACGACGUCUGCGCUGCCCAUCAGACGUGGCCACCAACCAUGGGCUCAAAUGACGACAAAUCACAAGAGAUGGGUUUGAAAUCGACAAGGACUGCACCUGAGCUCGCUCAGGAAGGUCUGGAGGCAACAACCCGCUCGAAUUCUACCACCCUAUUAACGGUUGACCUUGUGAAGGACAACCCCUGUGAACACAAAUUCUCCAUGUUGUACAGCAUAUUUGUCUUGUUUCUUUCUCUGGAAAAGAUACAGCAGACCGAUUUUCUUGGUCUACCCUUCCAAAUCC